AUGGCUGGAGACGAAUUAGACGACGGGCUUGAAUAUGAGGUUGAUUUUUCGGAUUCGGAAACAGUACCUGUUAAGGAUGAGCUGAUCGUUGCAAGCAAUGGUGGAGAAGGAGAUGCCUCAGAAGAUGAGACCAGUCCUAAGGAAAACUCAAAGAAGAGAACCAAGAAUCCUAAAUUACAGGAAAAGAAGAAGAUUAAGAUGGAUAUGGAUAUUCAAAGAAAAAAAGACUUGUCUACUGAAUCUUCUACGGAUGUUAUAAGUGACUAUGUUAACGACGUUAUUAGGAAAAGGAAUACCGAGCUCUCAGCGCUAGAGUUGUCUGAACUUUACCUCAAGAAGACCGAUUUCAGAUCAUCUGCUGAAUUUGAUGAGCCACGUACACUUGAUAACUUGUCAAAGUUUAUCAACAACAGGUUCGGCAAUAUGCUUCCUUCUACAACUCCAGGCAAGAAGAACAGUAAGAAUAAGAAGGAUAAGAAGAACAAGAAAGGCAAAGACUCUGGAGAACAGAAGGCAUCUAAUGGAGAUGCUAAGGAAGAGCGUAAGUUCAUUGCCAUUAUGUCUAUGUCCGCCAUUAGAGCCUGCGAUGUGCACCGUGCUCUUCGAGAAAUUCCAGGAUCAUCUCUUAAACUCAUUAACAAGAACAAGCUUCAUGUUGACCUUAAGCUUGUAUCUACCACUUGGUCUCGUGUUCUUUGCUGCACCCCAGGUAGACUUGCCAAGGUGUUGGCUGCUGAAGAACUGGGUUUGUCCAAGGAUGAGGUUAAGAUUGUGCUCAGACUAUAG